AAUGACCCUCUCUCUCCUCUCUCUCUCUAGUUCUCCCUUUGAAAGUUACUAUUUAAUAAAAGGGUUGGCCUUAAUUCCCUUUUCUAUGAUCUGAGAGUAUUGCAGCAAUGCAUUCCGCACACAAGUUUGAGUCGUUUCCGAACCAAGUAAAAGCCUCAAAGCAAAUAUUUAUUUUCAAUUGAAGGAGCUAGCCCUUCAUAUCAAGACACAGUGAAAUGUGAUUGGAUAAACUGGACCAGUGAGCAUUGUUAGUGAUCUUCAGCUAGCUCCCUUCAAAUUUCUUUUGGCUUGUUCACAGUGGAACUUAGCAAGUGUCUGAUCUUUCUUUUAAGUGACAUUGAAAUGAUCUCAUGACUUGACAUUCAUAUUUCAUAUUUGAUACAUGCACCUCCAAGAGAACAAUGAUGCAUUGUUCCUCGCGUAGUCUUCAUACACAGGGCCAAAGGUAACACAUCACUCAUCGUGUCACAAUGAGUGCACCUUAAUGAUAUGGAAUUUCAAUUUUUCUGUAAGGUUGUAUCGUAUGGACAAAGCUUAUAUUUACAGCACUUUCUAUAUGAGGACAUGGCGUUUGGAGAUUCCCACCUCCUUUUUCGAUUAUUGCACCUUUGGGCCCUUUAGACCUCGUUUGGAUGUUGACAAAUGAGCCCUUAGCCUCUACAAGUUGUUUCUCACUCCUAUCUUUGUUAAUGCCCAUAUGCCAUUCCAUUCAUUCAUGACAUGAAAAGCCAAGUGGAUAAAAAAUCCUGUAGUAACUUUUUCCUUUCAUUUUUAUAAUUGGGAACAUAUGUACCUGCCAGAUGAUAAAUAUAUAUGAUGUUGUUCAACUCCUUCCUAUAAGCUCCUUCAAAUUCAAUGACAAUACUGAGGAGAUGAGAGGAAAGAAGACUGAAAAAAAGACCGGCUUGAAAUCUGAAAGCUCAAUCAUCUCGGGUGUAAGAAGGGAAGGCUAUGAGGUGGAUUCAGAUUUACUCCCAGGUGAUGGUCAAAAUGAAGAUCCCGUCAGAAACCCUCCAGAAGUAAGAAGUUUAAUAGCUUGGGAGGAUUCAGAGGAUAAAAGGGACCGUCUAGCAGAAUAUUUUAACAGUCCUAAAGAUUUGAAAGGGAGUGAGGAAGGAGAAAACCUUUACACUAGAGAGAAUAUAAUGGAGUAUGAAUUACCAGAGCUGGAUGUUUUCUUUCAUGAGAGCAGUUAUCAGUUUGUCAAGGACAUUUGCAUUGACAGUGGAGUGUCUUCUCAGGGCAAGUGUUUGCUAGAAACUUAUGAGUUGGACCAUACUACUCUCUCUUGCAUACUCAAUUCCGAUGUGGAUACCAGCAGUGAAUUAACAGAAGAAACUCUGGAUACAGCUUCAUUUGGGACAAAUGGGUCAAGACAUAGCACUGAACAGGACUGCAAUAAGGAUGUAAUCAAGCAAUGUGGUUGUGAAGACUUGGCAAUGAAAGGUGAAAUAGUUAUUGAUGCAGGUCAUGAGAUUUCUGAUCAGUCCCAUAAGAAGAUAAUCUCUAAAAUUCUGCUUCUAGAUAGAGAGGCUCCAUUUAAGGAAGCAGUAUCUGAAAACUUGAUGGCAUCUUCAACGACUGAAGCAAUUGACAACAGCCACCCAAUUUUCAACAGUGAGGUGAAGGAUGAGAGCCUCAGUAAUCGUUUCAAUUCAUCUACACCCACAAUAAACAGCGUCGAGGAUUCCCUGCUAUGUGUAUCUAAGCGGUCAACUAGCAGCACAGCCAGUUCCCGUUCAUUUGCUUUUCCCAUAUUGUCUGCUGAGUGGAAUGGCAGCCCAGUAAGAAUGGUAAGAGCUGACAGGGUUCAAUUAAGAAAGCACAGACGUUGGAGACUCCGCUUUCCCUGCCUUAAAUUCUGAAUGUACUGUAUUCCCUUUGUGGCUUUUGUUUCAUUAUGCAUUUUUUUUUCCCCUUUUUUGCUAAGGCAUUGGAGUGUAUAGUGCGCUUGUCACAAAGAGUAUUCAUGAUUGUUGUUCCUUAGAAUUUUGCCUACAUGUUCAGAUAUAGUACAUUAUCAUA